AUGGAAGGCCGUGGUUGGAUCGGCAACUCGUGGAAAGCAAAGGGAGGUGGAGUUUGGUUGUAUUGGAGAGAGAGAGAGAGAAAGAGAGAGAGAACGACAUUGGCAGUGGGUUCGGGGUGGAUCGACGAAGGGUUAAGUAAGAGGAAGGGAGGAUGGGGGUUGGCUGGGUGGGAUGAUGGGAGGCGGCUGGUGGGUCGUCAGGCGAUGGUAGAAGUUCCAGAGAGAGAUGGUGGUGGUACAGGUUGGAUAUGGUGGUUGUGGGAAAAUGGUGGUUGUGGGCGUCUGGGUAGAAGACGUGUCGCAUCAGCAGGCAGGCCACGCCACCAUGAGGGCCAACGCUAUCUUUUAUGA